UACUCACUGUCAUUUUAGAUGGUGACGACAGGGGGCAGUAUUUCACACUGCUAACCAGCAUUGGAGUCAACGAAAAAGAACAAAUCCGUCAUUGAACUGUAUGGAGUGAAACUAGCGUCGGUCCCGAUGCUGGAAUAGGAUGAAUCCCGAGAGCAAGGAUGAGCCCGUUGUUCACCAAAGCCUCGUGUUUAAGAAUGCCGCUCCGUAUCAGUACUUGAAGGUCUGCCUCGUGCUGGAGGACAAAUCGACCAAACUGAGUGCGAUUGAGCUGAAGCAGUUCAUCAUUACUGGCUUGAAGAGUCUCCAUGGCGAGGUGGGCGCCGCGUUGCAUUUCGACGUCCUGAAGUACGACGAAGACACCCUCACUGCUUUCCUGCGCGUAGCGGCAAGUGGUUUGGUGAAACUGUGGAGCUCGUUGACACUGUUGGGUUCUUACAAUCAGCAGAGCUGCGCCUUUCGAGUGCUGCAGGUGUCUCCGUUUCUACUUUCGCUGACGGGAAACAGCCGCGAGCUGCAGCUGGACUGACGCCGCGGACCACUCGCGAGCACCAUGUGGAGUCGAGUCCGAACGUUGCUGUCGCCCUCCGCGUUGACCGCGGCGGCAG